UAGCAUCGUCGCUGGUGGGGGGAUGGCGGAGGCGCCAUGCGAGGAGUACUGCAACUGUUGUAAGGUGCGAAAGGAUCGGAGAAGCGAGAGAGGGCGAGGAUUCGAUGAAUGACCGAGUGGCAUGGCCUGCCGCAAGAAGGGCGAGGGGCCGGUGGUGGUUGCUGUGCUGCGAGGUCGCGUCAGUCCCGGAGGAGUCCUCGGCGUCGUCGUUGUCGUUGUCGUUGCCCUCGUCGUCCACGGCCUCGUCGCUAUCGCAGGAGGGAGAGCCGAAGAGAGAUCCCACACUGACGGGGCGAAAACGGCUCGUUUGACGAGAGCCUGCCGCGAGGAUGCUCGUUGAGUGGUAUUGCGUGGUCUCAACCAAGACCGGGCAGGGGGUCAGAGUCGACCAGGCCAGGGGGGUGAGGUAGUGUAGAGGGAUCGGACCAGGGCCAACUCGAGAAGAACAAAUAGGGCGAAGGCCCUCGCGUUGUCCGGAGCGACAGCGGACUGGCGAGGCGCCGGGGCUAGGCUUGG